AUGGAUUCUCCAAUUCCCUCCACACUUCCUGAAGAUUCCUCCUUCGCUUCCGCCGCCAGCCCCUACUUCGACUCGCUCUUCCGGAGGCGUCAACAGAAGAAGAUGAGCAUCACUCAAACCUACUACCUCGCUCACACCGCCCGCAAGAAGCUCACUCGUGAGGCUUCGCGGGCGGAUCACGAUCUUCGCCUGCUCGUCGGCCACGCCAACCUCCUUGAUUCUCUCAUGGUCGACCUCGCCGAUGCCGAGCGCGAGCAAGAACAUUGGUUCAACCAGACCGUCCGGGGUGCCUCCAAGGCCUCCUCCCAUGAAGAGCCCCGACACAUCCAAUGGGCCGCUACCUCGACCGUGGUCGAGGUGCCCGAGGAGGACUCGGAUCGCGAGGACUCAUCCGACCUGGACUCCGACCUCAGUGACAGCGACGAGGAAGACGAUUCCGACUUUGACGAUUCCGACUUUGUCAUUAAUACUCCCGUUCGCCGCCGGGCACCAUCGCCCGUGGCACCCGCGCCGGAGCCCCUCCUGGAGGAGGAGGAGGAGGAUGACACCGACUCUGAUUUCGAAUAUGACGACGCCGAGGAUCUGGAGGAGCUGGGCUUGACUCGCUCCCCGUCCCGGCAGUCACCACCCGAGCUGCUCGCCGAUUUGGACGACAGCUCCGAGGACGAGGCCACGCCUCCCUCCCCGCCUCAACCCACUCUUGAGACAUUCAACGAGAAAGAGGCUUCCGCAACCACCAUCCCCUUGGCGUCCCAGCCCAAUCUGUUCGAGUCAGAGUUCUAUGUUACACAAGAGAGCACGCUCAUCGAGGCAUAUUAA